AUGGCGCUCCCUCUCUCUCGAUGUCACGCCUCCUUGCGCUUCAGCACAUGCACUCGAUCCUUAAUUCCUCUGCGCAGCCGACAAUUCCUCCCCCGAAGCUUCAGCCACUCCUCCAUCGCCUACUCAAAAGCUCAGCCCACCAAAGACGAUGUUCUCAAGCUCUGGGAUCAGUAUAGCAAUGCGGGUAUACCGACUACGCCUGGUGCCAGCGGGCAGUAUGCAGGGUUCAUGAAUAAGAGGAGGAACAUGUCGUCAAAGCUCUCAUUCGCCGAUCUUGUUCUACCAUCCGGUGAAGUCAUUCAGCUAUGCGCUGACUCGACGAAAUACCCCGAAGCAUCUGCUCUCUUUCGAAGCAUUCGUGCCACAAGUCCAGUCGUCGUUAGCACCGAAAGCGAGGCGAACCCAAGCCCAGACGCCGAGAAGCAACCCUCCAAGCGAACCUUUUACGUCAAAGAUAUCCGACCAUUGAACAACGUACAGCAAAACCUCAUUGUGACACCCGACGUCAUAUUCCCCGAUACCAAGCGCCAUUACCAGCUCCGCCACCACCCAGAGCUCCUAGCCAGACUUCAAUUCCGAUCAUGGCUCAAGGGACAAUUGACAGCUGGUCUGCAAGAGAAGGGCUUCACAGAUAUCGAGACUCCAACACUAUUCAAGUCAACGCCCGAAGGCGCACGGGAAUUCCUCGUACCAACCCGCCGACCCGGUUUCGCAUAUGCUCUCACACAAAGUCCCCAGCAGUACAAGCAGGUCCUCAUGGCCAGUGGUGUUUCGCGAUACAUGCAGUGGGCGCGCUGCUAUCGUGAUGAGGACGCUCGUACGGAUCGACAACCUGAGUUUACGCAGCUUGAUAUGGAGUGGGCGUUUGCGAAUGCUGAGGUGGUGAGGAAGGAUGUCACGGAUAUUGUGCUGCGGUCGCUGGAGGCUUUGCGGCCUGCGCAUAGCUACAAGAACAUCCGGGGAAGUCGUGUGCCUGUGAUUGCAGACAUUCCUGAAGGUUCUCGUCCUGCCGAUGAACCGGUUCAGCACAAGGUCACGACACUUACGUUCCAAGAGUGCAUUUCGAUGUACGGAACCGACAAGCCAGACUUGCGCCUCCCAGGAAGAAUCCACGCGAUACCGAACGAAAUGUGCGAGCAGUUCGCCAGCAUGAUGACAUACCUUCAAGACCCCCUCAUCGAAGCCUUCCACAUCCCCGUCAAAGAUCUCGAAGACGACAUCCCAAGACCAAAGCGCUUCACUGAAGAGUUCAUCGAAUCACUACCGAAACACCUUCGCGAGAACAAAGAUGGCAUGCCAGUGAUACUAGUCUGUGACUCGCGACAACCCCGCGGCGGUUUCUCUUCACUCGGUGUAGAAUGCGACGAAAUCGUCAACAUCGCAACUGGCGGAAAGGGUGUCCUAGAGGGUGAUAUUCUCGUCUUCCAGGCCCGCGAGAAGCCAAAGGGUCAAUACUACCGCGCCUCCACAGCAAUCGGCGAAAUCCGCAACGAGCUGUACAAGAAGCUUCUCGCCAACGGCCUCGUAGAAGACCUCCCCGCACCCGGUACUCCCGACUCAAUGCAAUUCGUCUGGGUAAUCGACUUUCCCAUGUUCAAACCCACCGGCGAGGACAACGAUCCAGGCCAAGAAGGCUCCGCCGGCAUUGCAGCAGCGCACCACCCCUUCACAGCGCCGAAGUCGAAACACGACCUCGAACUCCUCUUCACAGAUCCAUUGCAGGCCAAGAGCGCAGCAUACGAUCUCGUCCUCAACGGCGUAGAAGUCGGCGGCGGCAGCGAGCGUAUCCACAUUCCCACCGUGCAGGAGUUCAUCAUGCGGGAUAUCCUCAAGAUGAAGGACAGUAGGAUCGAGGACUUUGCGCAUUUGUUUGAUGCGCUUAAGGCAGGGUGUCCGCCACAUGCGGGAUUUGCGCUGGGCUUUGAUCGGUUGGUUGCGCUUUUGACGGAUACGACUACCGUGAGGGAUGUGAUUGCGUUUCCGAAGACGAUGAAGGGUGAUGAUCCGUUUGUCAAGGCGCCGACGAGGGUUACGGCGGAACAGCUUGCGCCAUAUGGGUUGCAGCUGAGGGGUAAAUAG